GCACCUGCCAUCGCAAAUCGCAGCUCGAGGCUCCGCUCCGCCCAGCUUUGCCGUCAUCGACAACCUUCACUCCGGGCCCGGCCUGCGCUUCCGCUUCUCUCUCUUUCUCUUACUCCAUUUUCUCCUCCACCCUUUCCUCCUGUUAUCGACUGCUCCAACCCUCACCUUUCAUCUCUUCACAUCCACCUCGCUCGAUUGCACUACCCUGCGCAUAUCGCUGGCGCAUCAGCAUCCGCCAUCAUGCGGCCAAGUUCAAUUAAACGCUCUCUCGGAGUGGAGCUCGCCGACCAGAUUCAAGAGUCUCGCGUUCUCCUCGUCGGCGCUGGCGGCAUCGGCUGUGAGCUCCUAAAAAACCUCGUGCUCACCGGCUUUGGAGACAUUCACAUCAUCGACCUUGAUACAAUCGACCUAAGUAACCUCAAUCGCCAAUUUCUCUUUCGCCAUGAGCACAUCAAGAAACCCAAGGCCUCGGUCCGUCACCCUAUCCCUCAGACACCCUUUCGCUCCCUUGCGAGACCGCUCCCCUUCCCCCGCGCCGUAGCGAAGGAAGUUGCGCAAAAGUUUCAGCCCAAUGCGAAGCUCGAAGCAUACCACGCGAAUAUCAUGGAUAGACAAUUCAACAUCGACUGGUUCAAGGGUUUCAAUAUCGUCUUCAAUGCGCUGGAUAACCUUGCUGCGAGACGACAUGUGAAUCACAUGUGCCUUGCGGCGGGUGUUCCGCUGAUUGAAAGUGGAACUACGGGUUUCAACGGUCAGGUACAAGUGAUUAAGAAGGGGAAAACGGAAUGUUAUGACUGCAACGAGAAGGCAACUCCCACAACAUUUCCCUUAUGCACAAUCCGCAGCAACCCGUCUCAACCAAUACACUGCAUCGCUUGGGCCAAGAGUUGGUUGAUGCCUGAAUUGUUCGGCGAAAGCGAGGGGGAAGACUCCGAUGUCAUUGAUAGCACAGAAGACGCGGGGAACGCUGAUGAAAUAGCGACGCUGAAGAAGGAAGCAUUGGAGCUCAAGGAGAUUCUUGAGUCUAUGGGAUCCGACAAUUUCUGCCGCAAGGUUUUUGAAAAGGUAUUCAAAAUUGACAUCGAGCGGUUGCGCGGGAUGGAGGAUAUGUGGAAAGAGCGUCAGCCACCAGAUGUUCUCGACUAUGACAAACUAGAGAGCGACUCAGCACAAAUCGAACCAACAGUCUCAGAAUUGAGCCGGAAAGAAUGGUCGAUUGAGGAAAAUUUCGCCGUUUUCAAGGACAGCAUGGACCGCUUGACCAAGCGUCUGAAUGAGCUCCAGUCUGACUGGACUGGCUCCAAAAAGCCCAUCUUGUCAUUUGACAAGGAUGAUGAGGACACAUUGGAUUUCGUCACUGCCGCAGCAAAUCUACGAUCCACGGCUUUUCACAUCGAGAGAAAAACUAAGUUUGAUAUUAAACAAAUGGCUGGCAACAUCAUUCCUGCAAUUGCGACUACAAAUGCCAUGACAGCAGGCCUUUGUGUUCUACAGGCUUUCAAAGUUCUACAGCACGAGCUAGACCAGGCCAAAAUGGUUUUCCUCGAAAGAUCAGGUGCAAGAGCAAUUAAUUCCGAUUCUCUUGAUCCUCCCAAGCCCAGUUGCUCAGUAUGUUCUGCUGUGCAUGGCAGUGUGUCCGUCGAUGCUGAGCGUGCUACACUUCAUGACCUGGUCAACGUGCUGCGCUCCGAACUUGAUUACGGUGAAGAAUUUUCGAUCCUGAACCACGGAGGAAACCUGGUUUACGACCCUGAUCUCGAAGAUAACCUCCCCGCGAGGUUACGGGAUAUCACCAACAACCUUGAUUACAUCACGGUUGUGGACGAAGAUGAUGUGGCUCAAGUUCCACGUGUCAAUUUAGAACUCUUUUUUGUUGAAAGAGCGGAGGCUUCGUCUGAAGAAACGAAGCCAGUCACCUUACAGCAAGGGCUAGAAAUUCCCCGGAAAGCCAAGAAAUCCACGAUCACAUCGUCUGAAGAUAAUUCAAUAACGAAUGGCAUGAGCGGGCCAGGAAAACGCAAAAGAGACGGAGAAGAUGAAGAAAUGACCAAUGGCCACGUUGCAAAGAAGGUUGCUGCUGACCAGGCAAAUGGUGAUGGUGAAGAUGUGAUUGUUUUAGAUGAAGAGAAUGGGAAGGAUGGGGGUGCCAUCUUGAUCGACUAG